UGAGGGAGAGGUGGAGGAGAGGGAAAAAAAACAAAACACUCAGCGCUGUUCGCCAUGUUGUAUUCGGGACACACACGGGAGACUAUAUAAACACAUCCGAGGUUUAUAUCAGCGUGGAUGUGGAUACAGGAACGUCACGUUUAAAUGUUAGGAAUGGAUUUGUGAUCAUCCGAUCUGGGAUCCGCUGGUGGGCUUCUUUUGCUAUGCCUGAUCUGGGAUCAUUUGGAGAAACGGAGAAACAUUUGGCUUCAAAGGCUCGUUCGGGACGCUGUCGGAAAUAUUUGUAUUGACAAUAUACAAACACACUGUCUUUAUUCGUUUUAGUUGGUUGGUUUUCGAAUAUCUAUGCAUUUAAAACCCGGCGGUGGGUUUUGUAUUCUCGUGAUCCGUGAUUAUAUAAACCUCCAGAUUUAUUCAAACUCACGACUGACAUUUAAAAACCAACCAGAAUCGACAUGAAUGUGGAUUUUCAACAUGCAUCUGAUCAGAGACUCUACCUGAGUGAUUUUUCCAUAUGCAGAAGAGACAAGUGAUUGGAGUCACUUAUCAAUACCAAACAAUAUUGGUGCAUAAAUUGUUAUGGACAUGUUUGCAAUCCGUAGUGGGCAGACUGCUGUGUUAUUUAUAAUACAGUAUGACUGUAUUCAUGUUUGAUAUUUCACCUAGUAUGCAAGCAGAAACACACACUGAGGUCCUUGCUGGGGAUUAGUUAUAUCUGUAAAACACUCAACCUUUCUCACAGACUUACACAUUGAUCCGGACCUGUUUGCUCACAAAUAAAUGCUUCUGGCGAAAUUAAAGCAUUCAUUUCAGGAUUAUCAGCUUCGUGUUGGGGGGAUUCAGGCCUGAAAAUGAGGACAGACACCAAACUGGCUUUGGCUAUAUUCCUCGUAUCCUGCUCCUCAGGUGCGAUUCUCGGUCGUUCAGACACAGAGGAGUGCGUGUUUUAUAACGCAAGCUGGGAAAAAGAUGGCACAAACCAGAGUGGAAUCGAGCAGUGUUAUGGAGAGAAAGACAAACGCAGACACUGUUUUUCCACUUGGAAAAACCACUCGGGAACCAUCGAGAUGGUCAAACAGGGUUGCUGGCUUGAUGAUGUCAACUGCUAUGACAGAAGUGAAUGUGUGGAGCAUAAAGAGAAUCCAGAUGUCUUCUUCUGCUGCUGUGAGGGCAACUUGUGCAACGAGAAGUUUCAUUACAGUCCAGAGACAGUACAGACCACACAGAAUCCAGUCACACAGAAGCCUGAGAUGUUUCCCAUGUUGUUGUACUCUUUAAUUCCCAUCAUGGCGGUCGCUGUUGUCCUUUUCUUCUCAUUCUGGACGUACCGCCAUCUCAAGCUGACGUACCCCCCUCUGCUGGUACCAUCACAGCAUGCCUUUCAUAUCAUGAUAGAGGAUCCAGGAAUGACGCCUCCAUCCCCAUUACUGGGCCAGAAGCCCCUGCAGCUGCUGGAGGUGAAAGCUAGGGGGCGCUUCGGCUGCGUGUGGAAGGCGCAACUCUUCAAUGAGCCCGUGGCCGUAAAAGUCUUCCCGGUUCAGAAUAAGCAGUCAUGGCAGAAUGAAUAUGAGAUUUAUUCCCUGAGCGGAAUGAAACAUGAAAACAUUCUUCACUUCAUUGGAGCAGAAAAAAGAGGAAAUGGAGUCGACGUUGAGCUUUGGCUUAUCACAGCGUAUCAUGAGAGGGGCUCUUUGACAGAUUUUCUAAAGGCUAACGUUGUGUCCUGGAAUGAACUGUGUCUGAUAUCGCAAACGUUUGUGUGCGGAUUAGCAUAUUUACACGAGGACAUAUCCAACCUGAAAGACGGACACAAACCUGCCAUCGCACACAGGGAUAUCAAAAGCAAAAAUGUUCUGUUAAAGAGCGAUUUAACUGCCUGCAUUGCUGACUUUGGCCUGGCAUUAAAAUUUGAAGCAGGAAAGUCUACAGGCGACACACACGGACAGGUGGGGACCCGGCGCUACAUGGCUCCAGAGGUGUUAGAAGGGGCCAUUAGUUUUCAGCGAGAUGCAUUUCUAAGAAUCGAUAUGUAUGCAGUGGGUCUAGUGUUGUGGGAGCUGAUCUCACGGUGCACAGCGGCCGACGGUCCUGUGGAUGAGUUCUCUCUGCCAUUUGAAGAAGAGGCUGGUCUUCAUCCAUCUCUGGAGGACAUGCAGGAUGUUGUUGUGCAUAAGAAAUUACGACCGGUAUUCAGAGAACACUGGCUUAAACAUACGGGUCUGGCUUUUCUCUGCGAGACUAUAGAAGAGUGUUGGGAUCACGAGGCAGAAGCGCGUCUUUCUGCUGGCUGCGUGGAGGAACGCAUCAUCUCAAUGCAGCGGAACACCAGCCUCAUCGGCCCUAACGACUUCCUCUCUGUUGUCACCAUGGUUACCAACCUGGACUUCCCACCAAAAGAGUCCAGUUUAUAACGCUGCACUCUCUCAGCCAAUCACAACGCAGCGCGUGAAUGACGUGUGUGUGUGUGAGAACUGUUCAAACUACUCUUGCAGAACGAGUAGAAAUUAAACAUACAUGUACACGGAGGAACUCAAGAUCCCAUGAGGAGACGCCCAAGGAGCACACUUGGACAUCUCUGUUUUCACCAAAACGUUUUUUUAUGCAUUAAGACUUAGGUUUUAUAAGAACAGCAACUAAUGUGAUUUUAGUACAAAAAGGGCAAAACUCCUCUGGACUACAUUCGCUGUUUGUUUCUGCAAAUCAUUACUGUCAUGCCAAUACAAGACGCCUCUGAAUGUUUACUGCUCAACGGAGAAUCACACACGCAGAUUUUCGAGGAAUUAUGCUGAAAUAACCAUAAACCUCCUUAAACAGUUAUAUACCUCAUUGUGUUUUAUUAUGCUUUUCUACACAGCUUCUACUGAAUGCAAGAAAAGUAGCUAUUACAGUGCAACUGUAAUACACACGUCAGUGUUCAUGACACAUUUGUGUUCCGUCUCCCAUCACUUUCUUUCAGAAGGGGUCAUAUCAUGCCAGACAAAAUAAUGAUGACAUGUUUAUGACGCCGUGAAACACUGCAAACAAACACGGUAACAUUUUGCAGGGCUAUGAAAACUGUACUAUCACAUUCUUCUGUCAUUAUUAAGCAGUAUCUCUCUUUCUGAAACACUACAGCAGUAUUCAGGGACGCAGAAUCCUGCUCAGCAAUUAUGCAACAAACGUGCAGCAACAAUUGCGACUGUAGCAUUUGGAGUCUAAAGCUGUUUGUUAAUAUUUAUUUCAUUAAUAAUGUGACGAACUCAUUACUGAACUCAUUACUGUGAAAUCAAACGCCGGUUGUUUUGCCCUGAACAUGUUAACAGAUAAAUGUUUCAAGAGGAAAAAUAGAUAUUGUUUGUAACGUUUCAAUUCAAUCCGUAAUCGCCCGGACCACACACACAAACACGAUAUGAAUAAUGUAAAUAUGAUUGUUGGUUUUAAAUUAUUAGAUUAGCAUGAUGUUGCUCUGUACUUUUUGUGUCACUAAUCAAAAACAGUCCUUUAUAAAGAAAUUAUUCCAGAA